CUAUCUCGUAGUCAGAUUUUUCGGGGGGGAGGGUGGCGUGAACGGGCUUCCAUAGUUAUCAUCCAGGUUAUGUAGCAUAGAGUUUCAAGAAUAUUGCACAGUCAUUAUGGAGCGCGAACGCCUAUGUUGGAUGGAUGUACUAGGCAGCGAUACCCCGGGUGGAAAAGAGUGCAUUCAAACUGGUUUUCAUAGGGACUGAGUAACUUCUUUAACUUACUUCCUGGUGUAACAAACCGUUAGCAGGAAGAACUGCGUGUCUGGAAAAGAAAACGGACACGUGGAUUAUCAUUGCUCCUCUAGUUCCAGGCAAGAGCCACGGAAAUAAAAACCAUCCUCUCUGUGGCUAUCUGUCCUUAUUCUCCCGUGAUCUUCACCUCAUCACACUGCAAUACAAUAACGGAUCCUCGUUAAACGAAAGGGAAAUGAUACGUGGGCGCGAACAUCGAUCAAAGCGUUUCUUUUUGUCGGCUUUCCUCACUCAUUCCAUAGGCCACUGAACUGCGACGUGCAGGAAAAAGCAAAUCUCAAACAUUAGCAUCUCUUGUUGAAUGGCAAUUCUGCAAAAACAUGGAAAGAUCUCUGGUCCAGAUUUGGUCUGCCUCAAAGAAACCCCGCCAGACACAAUCGGUGACGCCGGAGGUCAUCAGAAGAAUUGGAGUGAACAUAACACGAACUGGCCCAGACCCCUGGCGCGGGUAUGGACAGUGGUGCUACUGCUGGGAACCUGUCUGCUGUACUGUGCCCGCGUGGCCAUGCCCAUCUGUUCCGUCAGCAUGGCCGAGAAGUUUAACUGGACCAAGAGGGAACAGGGCAUGGUGCUGGGCAGCUUCUUCUGGGGCUACUGCUUCACACAGGUCCUUGGAGGCUACGUCAGCGACAGGGUUGGAGGUGAGAAGGUGCUCCUGCUGUCUGCGGCGGCCUGGGGGGCGAUGACAGCCUUCACGCCCGUCCUGGCCCACUUCUGCUCUCAGCCCAUCUUCUCCAUGACGCUGGCCCGCUUCCUGAUGGGGCUGCUGCAAGGUGUGCACUACCCGUCUCUGGUUAGCCUGUGUUCUCAGAAGGUGGUGGAGAGUGAGAGAGGAUUCCUCAUGAGCACUGUGGGCAGUGGCUCCUAUCUGGGGACACUGGUGAUUGGGGGGGCUGGUUCCCUCAUGCUGGACCUGUAUGGUUGGGAGAGUGUGUUCUAUGUGUCUGGUCUGCUCUCUGUCCUCUGGGCCUACUGCAUAUGGAAAUACCUGCUCAAAGGGGAAGGACCUAUCAUCACAUUGGAGUCGCUGGGUCGUGGAGGGCCCCGGUCCAAACUCUCCAGGAGACACUGGCUACGUCUCUUCAAACAACCUGCUGUCUGUGCUGUGAUUAUUACGCACCUUUGCACUGCGAGCACCUUCUUCACAAUGUUGUCAUGGCUACCGACUUACUUCAAGGACACCUUCCCUGAUGCCAAGGGUUGGGUGUUUAAUGUUAUCCCAUGGUUUGUGGCCAUCCCCUCUUCUCUCUUCAGUGGCUGUCUCUCUGACCACCUUAUCAGCCGAGGGUUUGACACUGCUGCUGUGAGGAAGCUUAUGCAGUUCUUCUCCAUGGGUGUGUCCAGUGUGUUUACCCUCCUGCUGUGUGGCACCACCACCUUCCCCAUAGCUGUGGCCUUUGUCUCUGCCACCAUGGGCCUCACCACCUUCAGCCACAGCGGUGUGUCUGUGAAUGUUCAGGACCUGGCUCCGUCAUGUGCUGGGGCUCUGUUUGGUGUUAUGAAUACCUGUGGAGCAUUCUCAGGUGUGUUGAUGGUGUAUUUCUCUGGGUAUCUGAUUGAGGCUACAGGGUCGUGGGCGUCUGUCUUCACCCUCAUCACUGUGGUGAACCUGGUGGGCCUGGUCACCUUCCUGGCCUUCGCUGAGGCCCGCCGGGUCGACAUGGACUCUUCCAAGGGCCACUACCACGACAUCAACAUCUGAGUCCCAAGCCCUGGUCCCUCAACAACCACCUUUUAAACUGAGGUGCCAAAACGGGACCAGGUCCCACACUAUCCACAUCUGAGUCCCCAAAACAGGACCAGAACCUAUGCCCAUGUACCACAGAAUGCACACGGGAGACUUGAAUAUAGAAAGAGAACAGCGAGAGCCUUGGUCUGUUAUAUGUAUCAAAACAUCCACAUCAUAAUUUGAGAAGUGAAAGAAGUGAAACAGUAGUGAAAGUCAAUCCUAGAUGUUUGUCUAAUCAUAGUCAGUGUUUCUUCUAUUAAUAUAUAUUAAUUUAACAACUCAAUUGUUUCUCUCUGUAUAGACAUUCGUGGAUUUGGCAAUUUCAGCUACACCUGUUGCUGACAAGCACACAGCCAUGUCAUCUCUAUAGACAAACAUUAGCACAGUAAAAUGGCCUUACUGAAGAGCUCAGUGACUUUCAACUUGGCACCGUCAUAGGAUGUCACUAGGUUGUCUCAUUUCUGCCCUGCUAGAGCUUCCCCGGUCAACUGUUAGGGCUUCCCCGGUCAACUGCUAGAGCUUCCCCGGUCAACUGUUAGAGCUGCCCCGGUCAACUGCUAGAGCUGCCCCGGUCAACUGUUAGAGCUGCCCCGGUCAACUGUUAGAGCUUCCCCGGUCAACUGUUAGAGCUUCCCCGGUCAACUGCUAGAGCUGCCCCGGUCAACUGCUAGAGCUGCCCCGGUCAACUGCUAGAGCUGCCCCGGUCAACUGUUAGAGCUGCCCCGGUCAACUGUUAGAGCUGCCCCGGUCAACUGCUAGAGCUGCCCCGGUCAACUGCUAGAGCUUCCCCGGUCAACUGUCAGUGCUGUUAUUGUGACGUGGAAACGUCUAGGAGCAACAACGGUCGCAAAAUGGUACGCCACACAAGCUCACAGAACGGGACUGUCGAGUACUGAAGCACGUAGAAAUCAUCUGUCCUCGGUUACAAUUUUCACUACCGAUUUCCAAACUGCCUCUGGAAGCAACGUCAGCAUAAGAACUGUCGGGAGCUUCAUGAGAAGGGUUUGGCCGAGCAGUCACACACAAGCCUAAGGUCACCAUGCACAAUGCCAUGUGUCGGUAGGAGUGGUGUAAAGCUUCCUGCCAUUGGACUCUGGAACAUGCGUUCUCUGGAGUCACAUUUCACCAUCUGGCAGUCUGAUGGACGAAUCUGGGUUUUGCGGAUGCCAGGAGAACGCUAGCUGCCCCAAUGCAUAGUGCCAAAUGGAAAGAUUGUGGAGGAGGAAUAAUGAUCUGUGGCUGUUUUUCAUGGUUCAGGCCCCUUAGUUCCAGUGAAGGGAAAUCACAAUGCUACAGCAUACAGUGACAUUCUACAUGAUUCUGUCCUUCCAACUUUGUGGCAACAGUUUGGGGAAGGUCCUUUCCUGUUUUAGCAUGACAAUGCCUCCGUGCACAAAGCGAGGUCCAUACAGAAAUGGUUUGCCGAGAUUGGUGUGGAAGAACUUGACUGGCCUGCACAGAGCCCUGACCUCAACACCAUCGAAAAACUUUGAUGAAUUGGAACGUUGACUGCGAGCCAGGCCUAAUCGCCCAACAUCAGUGCCCGACCUCUGCAGCAAUGUUCCAACAUCUAGUGGAAAGCCUUCCCAUAAGAGUGUAAGCUGUUAUAGCAGCGAAGGGGGGACCAACUCCAUAUUAUCAUUUUUAGAAUGAGAUGUUCGACGAGCAUGUGUCCACAUACACUAUAUAUAUAUAUAUAUAUAUAUAUAUAU